CUUUGCAGUCGCCAUUUAGGUACCAGCAGCAGCUGAAGCUGAAGUCAGUCCAUCUCUGAGAGCAGAGGGUGUGUGUUUGUGUGUGGAGGGAGAUUGCAACCAAGCCAACAAAAGCACACAGCCCAGGCACCCAGAGAGAGAGAAACUAGACUAGAACCAGAUUAGCAAGAGCACUGGCAACAAAACAAGGAUCAGACAGCAGCAACUAACAAGAGACAAGAGAGAAGCAAACGACUGAGAUAAACCUCUUUAUUUAAAAACAGACAGCUUUCUCUCAGAGAAACCCACAACUGAAAGGCUGUACUGCUGGUACUAUGACAGGCAAAAACUGAAGAGCAUUUGGCAGAGUUCUGUUCCUUCUCAGGUUGUUUUUUUUCCCCCUAGUUGAGCAUCAGAUACACUGAAAAGCAUGCCUGAGCAAAGCAAUGAUUACAGAGUGGUGGUGUUUGGAGCUGGAGGAGUUGGCAAAAGUUCCUUGGUCUUGAGGUUUGUGAAAGGGACUUUCAAAGAGAGCUACAUUCCAACUAUAGAAGACACCUACAGGCAGGUGAUCAGCUGUGAUAAGAGCAUAUGCACUUUGCAGAUUACUGACACUACAGGGAGCCACCAGUUUCCAGCCAUGCAACGUCUGUCUAUUUCCAAAGGACAUGCUUUCAUUUUGGUUUAUUCAAUCACCAGCCGGCAGUCCUUGGAGGAACUCAAACCCAUCUACGAACAAAUCUGUCAGAUUAAAGGGGAUGUGGAAAGUAUUCCAAUUAUGUUGGUGGGGAAUAAAAGUGAUGAAAACCAAAACCGAGAGGUGGAGAGCAGUGAGGGAGAAGCCAUGGCCAAGAAGUGGAAGUGUGCCUUUAUGGAGACUUCUGCCAAGUUGAACCACAAUGUGAAAGAGCUGUUCCAAGAGCUGCUAAACUUAGAGAAACGCAGGACUGUGAGUUUACAAAUUGAUGGUAAAAAAAGUAAACAGCAGAAAAGGAAAGAGAAGCUGAAAGGCAAAUGUGUGGUCAUGUGAAAAUUGCACUGUUAUGAAGCAACCAUGUCAUCACAUUCUUUCUGACAGAACCCAAUGUGAAACCUAUAGACAAUGAGGAACAAUGUGAAACCCUACUUACUAGUAGCUAUUAUGAAAGAAAUACACUAGAAUUUUUAAAAGAGAUUACUGUUAUUUGCUAUAAAAAUACUCCCAACAACUUAAACCAUAUGCUCAAGCUAGCAAAUAAAACCAAGAAUGAAAAAAGUAGAAAAGGACUUUUAAUUUUAAAACAGAAGAAAACCAAUCCAUUUCUUAUUAACAAUACACUGCACUACCAAAGGAUUGGAAGUCAGUUAUUUAAGUUUAUUACGCCAUUUGCAUAUAACUGUAAUGGAAGUUUAUUUAUCUACAUAAUGCAAAUUUAGAAGAAUAAGAAAUGCCAAUGAAGAAAUCCAGAAAGUAUAAAUGCAUAUGGAUUUAACUUAGUGUAGCCUUCAAGAACGCUGGGGAUAACAAAUAAUUUUCUGUACAAGUCUCAAUACUGACUGUUCAGGGAUGGACAGUGUGGGGAGGAAGGUAACUUUGGGCUGCCAAUUAAAGAACUGCCAAUUAAUGAACUAUUGUGCAUUUGGGGGAAAUAAAUGGGUUAUGCACCUAUAAGUGAUAGUGAUUCUCUCCACAUACAUAUUAUGUCCCUUCUUAUUAGUGUUUGAACUGAACGGAAAGGGGUGGGGGGGAAUCUCCUUGGGCAGCUGGAGUUCAUCUCCUUCUCUCUGGGCUCAGCUAAACCAUCAUUUCCUGGUAUGGCCUGUAUCUCUGGCCCAAUAUAUUAUUCAAGAGCAAAUACUUGUUUUUGGAGCAUGUGAGUUUGUAUAAAAAUGGUGUGAAGAUACAGAAUUUUUUUUCACAAAGGAUAUACUCUGGACUCCCUCUACAAAGGCCUUGAGGGGGGGAAAUAUUCAGUUCAAACAUUGCUGGUAAGAGCACAAUAUGUUGGUAGAUGAACUGAUGGUCUGUCAAGGUGGGGUGAUGGUCUAUGCCAUCAGAGGAGAGAGAGAAUGAUUUUGCUCAGAUUGCCAGAUUUGCCAAAUCACACUUCUGUAUAAUUACUGCAUCUUAUGACACUAUUAGAUUUACUGCCUUUAAAUUGGCAAAAAGGAGUUAUUUAUUAUUUAAAUUUGUGGUCUAGACUACUACGACUAUUCAGGGAACCUUAUUGGCAGUUUUUACUUAGAUAAAACUUCUAUUGACCCCAUCUCCAGUGGCAUUAAUAGAAGACUUGCUUACAUAAAGACUACAGGAUUUGGCACAUUAACAGUUCAGACAAAAGUGAGUUAUAAUGCAAAAUACUAUAUUCGCAAUAGAGAAAACCGGUUAGAUGUUUUUUAAGGGGAACUGCUUUUUGCAGUUCAUGGAUAGAGAAAAAUGUAUUUAAUGUGAGGCUUUAAAAAAAAUUCUCCAAAGUUUACAAAAAACCACAACAUGAUGAUUUACGUUAUAUCCUACAACUAGCAGCAAAACAAGGACCAUCAAAGAGGAAAAAAGCACAUUAAUUUUUGAAGGACAUUGUAUAUUCUACAGUUUGCACCUUAAUGAACUGCUUUAAAACAGAAAGCAUUCACUUUAUUUUUUGCAAAUAUGAAUGUCAAAAGCAUAUUACUGGAAAAUGCAGUCAAGUACUAGGAAAACUAGCAUGCAUGUUACAUUAUAAAUCUCUUACAAGAGCAGUUUAAAUGCAGUAUUCAGUUUUGAAAUAAUAACCUUGUUCUUAAACUGAUUUUGUGUUUACCUUACACCUUCCAAACAGAAAUGCAACCAGUUAUUGGACAGCAUGGAUAGAAAAGGAUUUUACCAACCUGCUGCCAGCAUUGCUCUUCACAAAUGAGAGAACUUAACUGUUGUAAUUCUCUCUGGGUACAAUCCUGGCUUUAGUGAAGUCAAUGGCAAAGCUAUCACCAACUUCAGUGGGGCCAGGAUUUCACCCUCUUAUUUAAUUGCAAUAGAUCUAAGAAAUCAUAACUCUGCCGCUAAUUCCCAGCUGCAAGAGCUAUUCUAGUUUUUCCUUUUAAUCCUUAAAAUGACAACAUAUGACAGAAUAAAAAAAAAAAAAAAAAAA